AUGCUUCGCCCAUUACGAAAUCGACUAGAUUACUGCAGCAUUACCCUACCAUCAUGCAGCAAAAGCUCAUUUAGAGACAGCGAAAGAACACUCAGUCUUGCUCUCGAUGGCGAUGCCAUCGAUGAGGUCACACCUCCAGAAAACAUUAACGAAGCAGGUCGAGCUGGUGGACCGCAUAAACGAAGGAUUGAGAAGCCUUGUGCAGGAUAUUACCAAGGAGAUGGUCGAGAUAUUACCAAGGAGAUGACGCGCAUCCUUCAAGAAGGAACAGGAAAGAACGAGAAGGAUCGGCAAAACUAG